CUAGGACCCCUCGGAUUCCGCGCAGGCCGCGCACGACCAUGGCUGCUACCACUGACGACAAUGCACAAGCCAGCCCCAAGAGGCCGGUUACCCCUCCUAUCCCAGUUCAGCAGGCCGAUGAACCGCUUCUAGCGUUUCUCAAACGGCUCCAGCUCUAUCCGGAGACCACGGCAGCUGAACUCAGCAAGUGGGAAGAGGAGGAAGCCGCCCGCCAGCAGGAAAUACAACGCCAGCUGGCAGAGGCAGAGGCAGCACGUCAGCAGGCCGCAGCAGAAGCUGCAGCAGCCGCACGGGUGCAACAGCAGCAGGUCGAAGCUAGUCAACACCAAGCUCGUUACCAAGCCACGAUGGACCUUGCAGGCGACGAAGCCACGUAUGGCAGGCUACUUCGACGACAGCAUUUCCAAGAAACCGAAGAACGACAAGAGCCGACCGAGGAAGAAAGUAACAAGGAAGGUAUAACAGUACUGAUGGAGAAUCUGCUAUACACGUGCAAUUGGCAGCAACGUGAACUGCUGGCCAUGCGGCAGAUCUUCAUCCGCCAUGAAACAACAUUCAAGGCAAUGGACAAGAAAAUCGCUACCCUGCAGGCCGAGAUCAGGACACUACAUGCCGCCAACAGCCAGCAGCAGACACUCAAYGACCAGUUGCAGACCGAUGUCAGCAUGGGGUUGGCACAAGUGUCGGCAGCUGCGUCAACGGGCAGUGCAGAGGUAGACUGCAGCCCAGCUUUGGCCGCGCAGGCCAAGCAACUCGAAGAGCGGAUCAACCACGUGGUUGCAUCCCUCAGCGACAUCAGCAAGUUUGCUGGAGUAUCGACAGUCAGCAAUCAGCCGCAGACGCUCAGCGACCACGUUGAGCAACAACCGGCCGCUGCCGCCAAGGAAUGGAAGAUGCCGAACUUCAAGAUCGAGAAGUUCGACGACUAUCACAAGACUGAUCCGCUGCAACGGUGGAUGGUUUUCAACGCAGAGGCRGAUGUACAUCMCACACCCGCCCAUCGGCRGCUURACGCACUCUACCUCCAACUCAUCGGAGGGGCGCAGGCUUUCAUGACACACAUGGCCGUCACGUUGGAAUGCACCAUCGCCAACCUCCACACUAAGAUUACAUGGGAGGAAUUCGAGAAGAAAUGGAAGACCAGGUUCAUGGUCAACAAUGACAGACGGCACGCCAUGAACAAKAUCUUCGGCAUAUACCAAGGCCAGCAAACRUCACGGGAGUGGCUGACGGAGUGGCAAAGACUCGUCGCUACCCCGGAGUUGAACUUACCAUUUGACGCAAUCCGRGCCGAAUUUUUUGCUCGGUCAUGCRACGCCUUGACAACUGCGCUGGACACCGAAUUCCAGUAUGAGACCUUUGAUGAUCUGAUCUCAAAGGCAAGAGAAYUAAUCCAAGCGACAUCACUUCCCAAUCCGCCGGAGUCGGCUGCCUUGCUAGCGGUGUCUCUCACAUCCGGGGAUGAGGCGGUAGUCGCAAGUUCUCGCAUCGAGUUUGAGAACUAUGCUGUCGAGCUGGUCCCACCGUUGUACCAGCCUCUCCACGUGCAAGAUUCAAGCGCAUGCGCGGUAGUUCCACCGUCGGACAACGAGCCGGUUGCUUCGCCAGCCCUUCUAUCGGAGGAUCCGUCAACUUGGGCGAGUCUUGAGGAACUCGACCCGUUGACGGUUGAGGACUUCCAAUGGUUGCCUCUUCCCUCCACCCGUUCUUUGCCAACWCCGCAUUGCAAUGCCUUAAUGGCACAUCUGCGCGAAUACUUGCACACUGCAGUACCACCUCCGACGACGGACGGCGAAGUAGCAGUUGUUGACCUUCGUAACUAUCUUGCGAAGAUCGACCGCGAGUACACAACACAACCGUACGUCGACAUCGACGCACCGCUACUCUACAUCCGCAUUCAGAUCGGAAAGGCGACCUGCACUGCCUUGAUCGAUUGUGGAGCAACUCGCAACUACACCAGCCAAGACUUCAUGGCACGCGCCGGGCUUGGCCCGCGCGUUCGAAGGAAAAGGCAGCCUACGCACGUCACGUUGGCCGAUGGUCACACACAAAAGUCAAUCGACCGAUGCAUGGACUCGGUGCCCAUGCACUUUGCCCCGCUCGCAUGCGAGGCCGUGUCUUUCGACAUAUUGGACACCAAGUUUGAUAUGAUCCUAGGCAUGUCGUGGCUGCAAAGCGAAGACCAUCCGGUGAACUUCCAUCGAUGCACCGUUCACGUUUGUGAUCGGCGUGGCAAACUAGUCUCGUGUACGGUGUCGCUUCCUCAUCCUUCGAUUGGUUGUCACGUGGCAUCCGCGGCGAGCAUUCACCAAUCCAUUCGGCGGAAUGACAUCGAGGAGAUGGGCAUAUGUUUUAUUCACGACCUCUCACCCGGUGAUCAGCCCAAGACGGAUACGUCGGACCCACGCAUCAUUGAGCUGUUGGACAACUAUGAGGAUGUCUUCCAAUCUUCCGCCGGAGUCAUACAAGAUCGGCCCAUACGCCACAGGAUCACUCUCGAGGACGGCGUCGUACCUCCAUGCGGAUGUAUCUACUGCGUGAGCGAAGAGGAACUUCAAGUGCUUUGGGCACAACUAGACGACCUCUUGGCCAAGGGCUGUAUCCGCCCUAGUUGUUCGCUAUACGGUGCUCCCGUUCUCUUCGUCCGGAAGAAGAACAAGGACCUUCGUUUAUGCAUCGACUAUCGAAAACUUAACGCGCAAACGAUCAAGAACGUCGGCCCUCUGCCUCGGAUCGAUGAUCUUCUCGAGCGACUAGGCGGCGCCAAGUACUUCUCAAAGCUUGACCUCAAGUCCGGAUACCACCAGAUCGAGAUUCAGCGAAAAGAUCGGUACAAAACCGCAUUCAAGACUCGGUAUGGGCACUUUGAGUGGAUCGUCAUGCCUUUGGGUCUCACCAAUGCCCCGGCUACUUUCCGAGCGGCUAUGACGACAGAAUUCCGCGACUUGCUCGACCGCAUCGUACUUAUUUACGUUGAUGAUAUCUUGCUUUAUAGUCGGACGCUGGACGAGAACCUUCGCGCCGUAUUGGAGCGGCUCCGUAUCGCCAAGUACAAGGCGAACCGCGACAAGUGCGAGUUUGCCCAGCAAGAGCUGGAGUACUUAGGCGAUUACGUUACGCCGCAAGGCAUUCGUCUGCUCGCAGAAAAGGUACAAGCCAUUCAAGAUUGGCCAGACAUCAAUUGUACUACUCACGUUCGCUCCUUUCUCGGCUUGGCAUUAUGCUACAUGCGCUUCGUCAAAGGAUUUCAACGCAUCGCUGCACCAUUGUCGCGACUUUAGUCCCCCUUGGUGCCCUUCGAGCUCAGCGACGAAGCCCGACAUGAAGACGACUUUGCUUCAAGCUCCCGUCUUAAGCAUCUAUGACUU